CGGGGCGCGGCACUCAUGGGCGACGACGGGGAGGAGGAAGGGGCCGCAGCCGCCGCCGCAGCAGCAGAGGGGCCCGCCCCCGCCGCGGCCCUGCGGCUGGUGGCCGCGGCCGCCUGGCACGUGGUGCGCCAGCGCCGGGCCCCGGACUUCGCCCGCGCGCUGGCCUUCCUGGAGGCCGUGGGCCAGGCGGCGCCGGACCUGGUGCCCUUCCAGCACCUGGCGAAGCUGCGCCUGGGCCUGCAGGCCAAGAUUAUUAUGAACAUGCUUCAGGAGAAGCAGCCCCAUGGGAAAAUCUACGAUGCUCUCGAUGCCUACUUUCCAGAGAGUGAGUCUCAGCUCCACCCCAAAGCAACUGCUCAGGACUUAGAGCUGGUACAAACAGCCCAGGAAAACUUCAGAGUUCUGGUCCUGGGGUUGCUGAGUGACUCCAGACACGAGGAAAAGUAUGUGCAGGAGCAUCUGGAAAAUGAUUAUGGGGAGUCUUUCCUGCAAGUGGUGGAGGAGCUAUUCAAGGAUUACUUGUGGCAACUGGAGCACACACUUCCAAAGCCCUGCUUCCAGCAGUUGCUGCAGGCUGCCAGCAUCCAGGGCCUCAGCCAGCCUCCCCAGCCCAGCGCCAGCAUCCUCUCCCAGUACCUCACAGCCAUGGGAUACCAGUGGGCAGGAUGUCCUGAACCUUCGUCUUCUCCCCAUCGGUCAGUCUCCCCAUGCCAGUGUGAGGAGGACAGCCUUGGGGCAUCUCAGCCUUUCUCACCACCGCCAGGCAGGGGCAGAAGAGAGAAUUGUCUUUCCUGCCUCUCGGAAGAAAAUUCCCAGGGGCACCACGCUGUCCACAGGCAAACAGAUGCGGCUGGGGAUUUUGUGCCUGAUUCCGAAAGCGAGGGAGGCAGCUCCCCUUUCAAGGUGAGGAAGAAGCUGGAAGACGGUGAAUACCAGGGCACCCGUCACCGCACCCUCAUCCCCACCUUCCAGGAGCAUCUCGGGGACAGCGGGAGCCAAUAAGCUAGUUCUCCCAUGAGAUUAACCUCUCCAGCUGUGUGACGGAUACAUCCUUCCCCUCCAGCAAAUACUUCCAAAGCCCAGCCUUUGCAAAUUACUUUGGAGCUUUAUUCAGUAAACGCUGUGAAAGCUUUGACUUCAUUCUUCUGGCCCGUGGAAGGGGAAUGGAAAAUCCAUCCGCCCGUCUCUGGCCAGGGGGAUGGCGACGGCAGCGGCUUGCUCUUGAGAUGGCCUCGGGAAAGCCUUGAUGGAGCUGCGAGACGUCGAGGUUGCUUUGAGAGGCGGAGUGUUUGAAGAGCAGCAGACAAAUAAAAUUACCACAAGCAA